AUGGGGAAAAAAAGUGAAAAGAAAAAGAAAAAUCAGCAAGUUACUCAACAAGAAGUACCAUCCCCAAGUGGGAAUAAAUCCCCAAUUGUAAAUGGUAUUUCUACUGAGAAUACUGAGAAACAAAAUGUUACUGUAGAAAAUUUAAUUACUGAGAAUGAGAAGUCAAACGAACAAACUAUACCCGAAACAAUAACACAAAAGAGCGAUUUCAAUGAUAAGAAGAAUAACAAAAAGGAAAAGACAAAAUCAAAAAUUUUCAUUGAACCAGCAAUAACUGUGGUUAAACAAAAUGUUGAUGUAUAUGGCAAACAGGCUUUGAAUACAGUUUCUAUUCAAUAUGAAGCUCAUGCUAAACAAUAUGUCAACCCUUUGCUUGAAUCUGCUCAGCCUCAUUUGCAGACUGCAAGAGAAGUGUCUGUCGAAUAUGUAUAUAAUCCAGUUGCAGAAGGACUAACCAAAGUACAAGAGUAUUAUAAUGAUAACGCUAAAGUGCAUGUGGAUAACUAUUAUAGUCAAGCAGUGAAAUUAUCCGCUCCAUAUGUUAGUCAAGCUCAAGAGCAUGUGUCUUAUGUCUAUGAACAAGCUUCAGAGUAUAACAAAAAUACGGUUCGCCCUUGGUAUCACAAAUCGGUUGUUCCUUUUAAAGAUAAAGUUAUUAUUUAUUAUGAUACAAAAAUGGUACCUUUUGUUUAUCAUAUCUUGGAGAUUAUUAAAAACACCUAUCACGAAAAAAUUAUUCCCGCUUACCAUAAUCAUGUUGAACCACAUAUUUUGGAGCUUUUUUUAAAACCUAAGACUGAAAAAGAGACCAAGACUGAAGCGGAAAGGAAAGCCAAAGAAGAGGCUAAUAGGAAGGCUAAGGCAGAAGCGGAAAGGAAAGUCAAAGAAGAGGCUAAUAGGAAGGCUAAGGCAGAAGCGGAAAGGAAAGCCAAAGAAGAGGCCAAUAGGAAGGCUAAGGCAGAAGCGGAAAAGAAAGCCAAAGAAGAGGCCGAUAAGAAGGCUAAGGCAGAAGCGGAAAAGAAAGCCAAAGAAGAGGCCGAUAGGAAGAAGGCCGAAGAGGAAAAGAAAGCCAAAGAAGAGGCCGAUAGGAAAAAGGCCGAAGAGGAAAAGAAAGUCAAAGAAGAGACCGAUAGGAAGAAGGCUGAAGCGGAAAAGAAAGCCAAGGAUGAAGCUAUCAAGGCUGAAACAGUGGCCAUUGCAGCUGCUAAUAAGGCUGUCCGUAAUGCUCUCAAUAAAGAAUUUCCUCUCGUCAAAAAAAAUCUUACUUUAGCUCUCGAUGAUUAUGAAAGGAAAGCUACAUCCAUGGCACAAGAAACUUUACGUGAGAUUGAAGAUAGAAUCGUAUCUUUAAAAAAAUCUGGACCCGAAGAUCUGGUAAAUUUAAAAAAAUUCGUAGAACAAAUCAAGAAGGAUAGCACAAAAGACCGUAAAGCAAAAUUUAACGAAAUAAAAGAUUCGGCGAAGAAAUUAGUAGAUAAUAUUAGAGAAUUGAUCGAAAUUUCGGAAAAAUCAUUAGAUAUACUAGAGGAGGAAAAAUUUGAUGAAUUGAAAAAAGAGUUUAGUAUUAAUCUUGUUUCUCAAAUUUUUACAACUAAAAAUAAUAUUUACGAUCAAGCUGACAAUAAAGAAGUAGAUGAUAAAUUAAAGGCUGAGAUUGAAAUGACAGCCAAUAAUAUUGCUCAAGAAUUAAAUGAAAAUAAGAAUAAUGCUUCGUUAAGAGUUCGGGAAAUCUUUGCAUUAAUUAAAAAUAAGAUAGGUUUAUUGAAGUCUAUUGUAGAUGAUGUAAUUAGAGAUAUUCAUUCUUAUAUUAAAUCAGAGAAAGAAAUUUUAAAAAACGAAACUAACGAAAAGAUACCUGAAAAGAGCGAAGAGAAUGAUAAUAAGAAUAUGGAUGAACCAAUUAUAGAGUCAAAUUCUGUUCAAAACCAAAUACCGGUGCAAGUAGAGAAGCCAACAGUUAAAGAAAAGACAUCAUCUACUCAGGAUCUAGUUUUAGAAAUUCUCAAAGCUCGGCAGGAUCCAGUUUUAGAUAUACUAAAGAAGGGAUAUGAAUUAUUUAAAGCUAACGAGGCAAACGAACCAACAGUAAAGGUUCAAUCUGUAGAUAAUGAAGAUGAUGAGGAUGAUGAGGAUGAUGAAUCUGAAAGCGAUGAAUGUUUAUCAGAUGAUCAAUAA